UUUUUUGCACGCACCCCCUUUAUCAUAGUCACAACGAAGCUCUAAAAAACUAUCGACCCUAUUUUCGUUUGAUUUUUCCUCCUACCGUACUAACUCUCUUAUCCUUGCGCAGAUCGUUGUGUCUCUAGUACUUUAUCUUCGUUAUUAUCUUCGUUUUUCAAAAAAUUUUUUUCUUUUGUACAGUAUCUAUACAUAAACAUAUUUACUUUAUCUGUCUUUACCAGAGAAAACGCAGUUCUAUUUUUGAAUUAUCAGAAUCAGUAUUUUUUUUCACGUCUUUAUUCCUUUCAUCCCUGAAGAGUUGCACGACCCAAAUUUUUAAGUAUCUACAUUAUUAAGAAACAAAAAAUUUUAAAAAUUUAAACGGAAGCAAGACCGACGCGACGGACCAAAACUGUCGCCAUGCCGGUCUUCUACGCCAUCAAGCCCAUGGCCGGGCCGCAGCAGGUCCGGCAAACCGUGAGCGCCCCCGCCCGCCAUGUUGCGUACUACAACUCCACCCCGGAGGUCCAGAACCGCGCCCACGUGCCUGGCCAGGCUGGACAAGAACAUCAAGGAACUCGAACUGACCCGGAACCAACAGGCGCCCCCCGCGUCUUCAAGAAGGGCAAGGGGUCCCUCGUUCCGCCACACCGUGGGUGGAAGAAGAUGUUGGGGAAGUUGGGACGUGGAGAAAAAAAACCACACGACCUGCUCGCUCAUCCAGAACCACACCUAUUCGCAUCUUCGACGAGAGGAGCAGGAACAAGCAGGGAUGAACGGCACCACAUCACUAGUCCUACUUUUUCUCCUGAGAAAGAGCACGAACACGAUUUUUGUGACACAGCAGGAGCAUCAGACCGGGUCCUCGCCCCCGAGAAGAUAACUUUCACGAGGAAGUCGGCGAUUCCGUUUGUCGAUGUAGUUUUUGACGCGUUCUUCUUGCAAGAGGAAGAGCAUGAGCGGCGCCGUCACAAUCACAAUAAACUACAAGAAAAUCCUCAUCCUCGUCGUACCGACGGUGGCGGUCGUCGACGACCGAUGGGAGAAGUGCAACAGCAUCAGCUUCAGUUCCUCCAGUCGUGGCUGUUCUUCAUGCUCGCGGUCGUUUUAUUCGACGUCCUUUCUCCUACCUCCUUUCUCCUCGUCCCGCACACUGCUUGUUUCGCCGUGAAAGUUGUUGAAGACGGCGCGAACACGGCGGAUGAAAACAACCUGAUGAACAGCGACUUCUCGUCACCUGGCACCACCUCCACCCGGGAGAGCAGCUCGCCCCUGGCCGCGGCCGAUUCGAGUACGACCGCGACCGUGUCGUCCGCACAUCAGCAUCUUCUUCGCAUGACGUCGUCCGAGCAAUCGGGCAGCCACAGCGACAUUUCGACUUCUGGGACGAGGACGCCGCGACCGAGAAAAAUGAAGCGGGCGAACCUCCGAGGGGCAGUCGCUCGGCAGCGAGUGCUCGCGGCUAAUCAAGGAGUGUUGCUCGAGCUGGACGAUGGCUAUCCACCUGUACAGCUUGUUGCCCCCGCACGCGAAGAUCGCAAUCAUGUUGUUGAUUUCUUUGUGCAAUUAGUACAGUCUGAACAUGAAGCAGAUGUAUUUUUCUCAUCUUCAACUUGUUGUUGAUUGACAUUGUGCAUUGAUGGAAAUCGAAAUGAGACGACAAUCAUAUCAUCAUCAACAUCAUCAUCAACAUCAUAAUCACACAUGAUGAAGAAGGAAAGUGACCACGAGCUUAUGACAAUACGUACUAGAUGCAAGAACAUCAUGUGUGUGCGAUUUAUUUGCGUGCGGUUUUUUAUUUGCUUUUGCAGUGCAUAAUGACUCCUCCGCGUCGGGCGAGACCUACGUCCAGGACACCUCACGACCUCCGCACAGCUGGCUCGCUGCUUUCUCUGCGUUUUUGGAGACACUGCGAGCCAGUUACCACUUUCGGCAGACCAACAACGAGGUCGUGGGCAAAGAAGAUGAAGAUCUUCAAAGAGGAGUGAUCGAGCCACCGCUGCCGGGUGGAACAUCAAACGACGGAGAGUUGCUCAAGCGGCCUCCGACUUCUGAUAGCCAUCAUCCUGAGGAUCAUGGCCGCAUCAUGAAGACCGAAGGCGGGGAAGAUGGACCACACGACAGUACGGGCGACGCGUUCCUGCAACAAGAUGAGCGACACGGAGAUGACCACUUGAGUAGUAGUACUCUCGUCUCCCAAGACGAAAAACAAAAAUCCGGCGCACCAUCGCAUUUGCAAGCGGACGCACCAGCCUCGGGUGGUACCAGCUCACCCGAACGAAACGGCAUCUCUGCUUUGCAGUCUAGUAUUGCGGGCCUUGUUCCUGACAGUGCAUCUUCAGAAGCUCCUGCGUCGGGGACGACGACCGGCGGAAAAAUGAAUGACAAGGUCAAGGAAGCGGCGGCCAUCCAGCAUGAUGUUGAUCCUGGUCCUGGCCACACAGCAUCUUCGCUCGAGGGAACAGAAGAAGAACCAGAGGUCCGUGGUCGUGGUCUUCAAGCUGGUGGCCCCUACUCGUCGUGGAACCUCGCGCCGGUCGCGGUACCUGCCCGUAUCCAGGAAAAAACACCCAUCCCCAUCGAUCCAGUUUGUCAUGCAAAACAUGCAUAAAAUCAACUUAACUAUUUGCCAUGCCAAGAAUGGAUGGGGAUGGGUGUUUUUUCCUGGAUAGCCCGCCCACUCCCUCCGUUCCACUUGCCGGCGGGGCAACGGGACCCGGUCUCGUUUCUGUCGGAAACAUCAAGUGGUGGCCUGCCUGUUCCACGCGGGGUGUCACUAUCGCACCACCUGUCUACUACAUUUCAGGAUGUUGGCAGUGCAGUUCAGAAUUUUGGCAGCCAAGCUUUAGCCGCGUUGCCGCCCAGCCUUUUCGACUCGGAUGCCCUGAAGAACCUCGCGGCCGACGCGGUCCAGAACACGUUGAGGCGCCCCUUAGAAUAUCUGCAGAGCGAUAUCCUGAGUAAAAACGUACCCACACCAGAGUCAGGAUGGGGAUUUUGCAACACAAAACUAGGAGUUUUGUGAGUCACGCAUGACAAGUUGCGCUCUGCAGUAUAGUGCAGGUUAGCAAGUGCAGCCGCAUCACAGAUUCAUCUGCUCAUCCUGUUCACAGCAUCACAAAUUCCAAAACGCGAUUGGAUAUGGCUCUCAUGCGGAUGCGCAUUACAAGUCUUCCUGUCUUUGCAAAUCUGCAUUACAACUCUGGUGUGGGGAGGUUUUUCCACAGGAUAAGCGAGGUCUUCGAGCCGGCUGUCGCGUGGAUCGGCGACCUGAUUGCGAAGCACAUGGUGCCGGCCAAAGAAAAGAGCGAGAAACUGCAGCAGUUUUUUGCUCUCGUGCAGCAGCAGGUGUUCAGUUACAUCAGUGAGCUGAUGGGGGUCGCGGCCGAGACCGCAACGCAGCUGAUACCGGUAUGGCGUUCUCAAACGUUACAUUCUCAACUGUUGCAUGAAUUUGUCAUGCAAAAAUACCAUAAUAAAACAUAACAACCACACGGCCAAGCGGCUUGGCAUGACAAAUUCUCGAAGGGCUAAACAAAAUCUGAGUCAUCUGUGUCAAAUCUGUAAUGCAAAAGUUGCAAGAUCCUGCCUUUCACUUUCGCUGUUCUUGCAAUACAAAUUCAUGUAACAGUUGAGAAUGUAACAGUUGAGAGUCCCAUAACCGGGCCUGAACAUCCCCGUCACCCUGCUUUUUGACACGCUGCUGCACCGGUGUCUGGGGGAACAAUUCGCCGAAAUGCUUUUAUGCAAUACAAAUUUCCCGUACAUGUACAACAUGCAUCACAAACUUCACCAAUUUGGAGAGUAAAACUUGUCAUGCUAAAGUAGGAUCGAAGCCAAGUUUUGUCAUGCAGAGACCGCAUUUGUACGUGUACGGGAAAUUUCCUGUGUAUAGCUUUACCGGGAGUUCAACAAAAUUUCCAAAGCCAUUUUUGCCAGCGUGAUCCAGCAGGCCCUGCCGGAGAUCUGGGAUAGCGUCGUGAAGGCGCUUCGCGAAAAAAUUGAAGAAAAGGUUAACCAACUAUGGGAAGAUGGAGCCAGCCUCGUGACGACCGGCGCAAGGAACUUGGGCGGCUUCGUGGAAGACUUAUCCUGAGCAAAAACGUUCCCACCGCAUAGUGAUAGUCAGUAUGGGAAAUCUGCCAGACAAAUCAACAAGUUGCAGCUGUUGAUGCGCAUGUUGACAAGUUUGGCCUCGUUGUAGUCUUUUCUUGUUUAGCUAGUUCAGCGGCGUCGCGACAGGUCUAGCAAAUCACGCAGGUUGGAGCAUGACAAAAGCCAAAACACGACUAGAAGCGCUUCUCAUGGAGCUCCGCAUGAGAAACAUUCUCAGCAUGCAGAUUUGCAUUACAGCCAUGGGUGCGGGUUGGGGACGUUUUUACACAGGAUAAGGCUCCCUUGAGGAUUUCAGAGAUCUUUUCGGGAAAACUGAAGAACAGUAUGGAAGCGUCACGUUUUAUUCGGAAAUUGUCAAAGUUGAAAUCAUUUGCAUUGAUGCAUAAAGCCACCAGUGUGGAUAGAUAGUACCAGUUGGAAGGCCAGUAUAAUCAUCGAACUGACGCAUGACAAUGAAUUUUGGCACCAGCACCUUGCCCCAAUGCGGCAUGCUGUUUGCGGCACAGAUGAAACUGCUAGCUUUUGUAGUGCCACUUGCACUUCGCAGGUGGAGCUGUAUCCUUAGCCCUAUACGUAAACUACAGGCUCACACCAAUCCGCAUCCGCCUCGCUUGCCUGCUGUCCAUUUUUACUACACAUGCAAGUAGUUUGUGCAUGGCAUUUUGUGCAAAACUUUGUGCAUUGCAGCAAAUGUGUAAUUGUAACUUUGUCCAUUUCGGUCCUGACGCUACUUGCAUAACCAGUUCGAUCAGUUGACUACUCAAAAAGUAACUGAUAUCCAACAAAAAAAAGAUUGUAGGCGAAGAACUUUUUUGGCGGAACGGCAUUAAAUGAGAGCAAAAAUCACUUGUCAUACGCAGAUGGUUCGUGGGAACGCGCUUGAACAACGGGCCUUGCAAUGCAUGCGCAUGCCCAGCAGGAGGACAGCCCCCGCAAUCACUUUGCAACAUGAUGUAAUUGAGCAUCACAAACUUACACGGGCAGCAAUCUUUUUGCCUUGGAUAACUCACGUCGCAAAUGAACAUCUAAGCCAGUUUAAGGAUCUCGGGGAUAGUGCGAAUCUCGUGCUUGCUCCAGUCCGCGUCGACACGGGCGGGGGGCCCCCCCAGGUAACAGGUGUGGAGCUAUACAACGAGGAUCCAAAUGAUGAAACGGAGAACCGGCCCACAGCCCACCUCGUGUUGCGAAGACAGGGUGCAACUUUUUUCCAUCAUGCGCGAGACUCACACACUUAUCCCGACGAGGAUCAUCAUCAUUCUGUUUCUGAUUCUGAUGGCGAAAGUGAACACGGAGAUGGGGGGACCGCUACACGACCAAAUAAGCCUGGUUUCAGGAGUAUGCAUUGCAAAUAUGUCUGGGUGUGGGUCUGGCAACACGUUGUAAACUUCUUAUGUGCAUUUGAUUUCAGACCAAACAAAAAUCUGUUAUGCAUGGAGCACAAAAGGCGCUCCGCUCUGCUCAUUUGUUGCUACACAAAGAGGGGCAGGGAGCUUCUCAUGCGGAUUAGGCAUUCGUUAUCGUUCCUAAACCUGCUGAAAACCUGAGAUGCUCUACUUUGCAUGCCAGACCUUCUGUGUCAUGCAAAAAAAAGCAUCAAGCUCUUCCAGACCCAGGAGAUGACAUAUUUGCAUUUGAUAAGGAGAAUGAAAUCGAUGAUGUUCCCCGAGGACAAAUUGCCUCUCAAUUGUAUGGGAUUCUCAAACGUAACACUCUCGACUGUUACAUGGAUUUAUCUUCACGCAAAAUAAAUCACUAUCAACACGAACAUCGCGAUCGCCACGAUCAAGCUACUUCGCAUGACAGAAAUUUCUCGACGCGCCAAAUAGCGCCAGAAUCCGCACCAAAUCUGUGAUGCAAGACGCGCAAGGUUCUUUUUCUCGCCUAUGCUAUUCUUGCAUUACAUGGUGAUGGCUUCGGCCCGCCUGACUCCGCGACCCGGUGGCCUGACCAUCUGCGGAAAGGUGCCCAAUUGGUUGCGUUUGUGGUUUCGGUCGGGUUAGCAUAUCAAAUUCAUGUAACAGUCGGGAGUGUAAGAACGUUUGUGAAUCCGCGUUUUUUUUGGAAACUUGUCAUGGACCCGCGCGCGUUUUUUUUGGCCGCGCGUGUUUUCUUUGAUUUAGGAAAUUCAGCGGGUUCGUUUUUGAAUCAAAAAGAAAAAAACUCGCUUUGGGGCUAGUGCGCCGUCUUUUGCUGGACCAUUUCCGACCUGGGGUUGCCCUCGGGAUCGGUCGGGUACUUAUAUCUGGCCCAUGGAAGCGGGAUGGACCCUGCGGACGGGGGCAUGCAAUUCCGUCCAUUGCCGGGCCCCAGAUUGUUCCGCGUCGCGCCAGGGUUUUUACAACCGCGCGACCACUCGCUCGCCCUUGUUGGGCGUGGUUAUUCGUCACUCCCAGCAAGCUAGCACCUGCGGCACCGCCCGUGGGGCGUCUGGCCCUUUCUCACAUCCACCAUUCCAUCGUGUAACGCGCGUUACGCGAGCGCUCUUUGCUUCCCGUUCGUCUGCAAGUUGUCGCAGGGGCUACACAGGGGCGGGCGCUCCGAAUCGUUCCGACCCCUCCCCCUGGAGUGUCGGAGGUGAUCUUUCCAGAAUCUUGAUGGGACCUCAGGGCGUCGUCUGUGGCCCGUCGUGCCGCCAGUACACCAUUUGUCCUCGUGGUCUGCUGCUUUACCUUUCUGCUUCCGAUGGGCUUCCGAUGGCCGGUCGCGGUCCCCGAUGGUCUUCCGAUGGGUUUGUGCAUGUCAGCACUGCCGGCUUCAGCCCCGGCAGCGGUGCUUGCAGUUCCCGGCCUCGCGGGGAUGUGGAAAUUUGUCAUGGACCCGCGCGCGUUUGUUUUGGCCUCUCACUUUGGGAUCUCGUGUCUUUGAAAGUUCUCACUUUGGGAUCGCGAUUUAAUCUGGAGUAUUGCGAAGCAAUCCAACGAAUUCGCACUCCGGGAAAGCCUCGCUCCCGGAGUGAAAUUUUUCCGAAAGUUAAUACUCACUGAAUUUUUACGUGGUUUCUCGUUCCGCAACGAGAAGACGAGUGAAAAUUCAGUGAGUUUUCACUUUUUGAAGGGAUCAUGAAUUUUCCCGGAGCUUAAUUGUCACUCCCGGAGAAUUUGAGAUCCCAAAGUGAAAAUUUUCAAAAAGUGAAAAUUCACUGAAUUUUCACUCGAUUCUGAGUUCCGGAACUGGGCCUCGUUCCGGAACGAGGCCCAGUUCCGGAACUCAGAAUCGAGUGAAAAUUCAGUGAAUUUUCACUUUUUGAAAAUUUUCACUCCGGGAGCGAAGUUUUUCCGGAGCGAGAAUUCGCUAAGAAGAAUUCUCAAUCCCGGAAAAUUCGUGAUCCCUUCAAAAAGUGAAAAUUCGCUGAAUUUUCACUCGAUUUCUCGUUGCGGGACGAGAAACCGAGUGAAAUUUCAGUGAAUAUUCACUCCUGGAAAUAAAAUCUCACUCCUGAAUUUCAAAAAGUAAAUAUACUCGGCUUCUCGUUCUUCCGGAGCGAGGCCUCGCUGAAUUAUCAACGAACCCGGAUAAAAACUAUCCCACUCCGGAAAAUUUUUUGCGAUUGUGACCCUUCUGAUUGCAGCGCGUUACUGCGCGCGCCACACCGCCGAGAGGAACGCUCUGCCACACUGCCUGCAAGGUGCGUGCAGUGUCGUGCGUAGGCCGUGCCUGAUUUUUGUGGUUCGCAACACCGCGCGACGAUUGGGAUUCAAUAUGUUUGAAACGCUCGAAAUUCUAGCCCGUGGGUUCUAGUUCCGCAACGAGGGGAGUUUCCGACGCGGGAGGGGGGGUCUUUCCAAGUCAUGCCAUAUCUUGGAAAGUUGCCAAGGACCCGCGCGCGUUUUUUUUGGCCGCGCGUGUUUUCUUUGAUUUAGGAAAUUCAGCGGGUUCGUUUUUGAAUCAAAAAGAAAAAAACUCGCUUUGGGGCUAGUGCGCCGUCUUUUGCUGGACCAUUUCCGACCUGGGGUUGCCCUCGGGAUCGGUCGGGUACUUAUAUCUGGCCCAUGGAAGCGGGAUGGACCCUGCGGACGGGGGCAUGCAAUUCCGUCCAUUGCCGGGCCCCAGAUUGUUCCGCGUCGCGCCAGGGUUUUUACAACCGCGCGACCACUCGCUCGCCCUUGUUGGGCGUGGUUAUUCGUCACUCCCAGCAAGCUAGCACCUGCGGCACCGCCCGUGGGGCGUCUGGCCCUUUCUCACAUCCACCAUACCAUCGUGUAACGCGCGUUACGCGAGCGCUCUUUGCUUCCCGUUCGUCUGCAAGUUGUCGCAGGGGCUACACAGGGGCGGGCGCUCCGAAUCGUUCCGACCCCUCCCCCUGGAGUGUCGGAGGUGAUCUUUCCAGAAUCUUGAUGGGACCUCAGGGCGUCGUCUGUGGCCCGUCGUGCCGCCAGUACACCAUUUGUCCUCGUGGUCUGCUGCUUUACCUUUCUGCUUCCGAUGGGCUUCCGAUGGCCGGUCGCGGUCCCCGAUGGUCUUCCGAUGGGUUUGUGCAUGUCAGCACUGCCGGCUUCAGCCCCGGCAGCGGUGCUUGCAGUUCCCGGCCUCGCGGGGAUGUGGAAAGUUGUCAAGGACCCGCGCGCGUUUUUUUUGGCUUCUGAAGGUUUUUUUUCACCUUCUGAAGAAUUUUCUCGAUUUUUUGACAAAAAAAGCUUCAGAAGACUAAAAAACGACUUUUUUAAACCUUCAGAAGGUAGGCAGUCUUCUGAAGGUCUGCGCGAUAUAGCAACGUCGCAAACCUUCAGAAGACUGCCGCUUUUUUUCUCGUAGAAAAUGGCCAAAAAUCAGGACAACCAAAAACACCUUCAGAAGACUCAAAAUCUUCUGAAGGUUUUUUCAAAAUUGUCGCACUUUGAAAAAAAUCAAAAAAGUAAAAGCAGCACACCUUCAGAAGGUUUUGGUUUUUGAACCUUCUGAAGGUGGAGCUUCUGAAGAAUCUUCAGAAGGUCCAGCAAAAUGUGCUGCUUUUGUUGCGCGCGAAUCUGUUUGCCCGAUUGAAAACGCCGCUUUCUCUGAAAGCCAACGCGUAGGCUUUAGGAUAAACCUUCAGAAGGUAUUCUUCAGAAGCUUUGUAGCUUUUUCUGCUGCGCCAUCACCUUUUUUUUCGAGCGCAAAGCCCAAAAGCCACUCGGUUGCUUUUUCAAAAGAAGGCGCUGCUCGAUCAGACGUGCUCUGUUCUAUUUUCGUUAAUAUCGCGACGCCUAGGUCUGUUUCUUUUCAUGGCUCGGAGCCUCCCAAUAGAAUAGCUCGGCGAAAAAUUUUCGCUGGUCUCACUGGGGGGAGAUUUUCGCUCUCGGGCCUUCGGCCGCGUCCGACACAGCUACUCGACGGGAAACCGCUACGCCGCAGCAGUGUGGCGAUGGAAAGGUAAAGAAUUGGGAAAAAAAGUGAAAGAAGUAAGAUCUUCUCGAUGAGAUCUCAGCGAGUCUCACUCUGAAAAAUAAAGCGAGCUCUCAGUGAGAUCUUACUUUCUAAGAAGUCUCACUGUCCGAAUCACUUUUCCGGGAGGGCCAAACGGUGAGACUUUGAAAAAAGUGCGAUCAUCUCGCUGAGAUCUCACUUUCUGAGACAUCGCACUUCUGGGCCGCCAUGUGAGAUUUUGAAAAAAGUGAGAGCUCAUCGAGAUGAUCUCACUUUCUGAGAAGUCUCAGCUUUGGGCCACCCGAAAGUGAGAUUUUUUCAAAAGUGAGAUCUCACUCCUUUUCCGGUGCGGAAGUGAUGCCCUUUUUUCAUUUUCUUCCACAGCCGACGGGAAGAACAAAUACAAUGCUUGCCCCGCGACGCAGUCGCGGGGAGUGGUUCUUAUGUAACAGUCGAGAGUGUAACAAGAACGUUUGCGAUUCUAUCCCACAGAAAAAGACCGACAGGUCAUAUUUGUAAUGCAAAAAUAAAUACACAGGAAAAUCUGUCAUGGGCGAGGCCAUAACAUCCUGUUUAGGGCAUGCAAUACAGAUUUUUUUGUCUAUUUAUUUUGCAUUACAAAUAUGACCUGUCGGUCUUUUUCUGGGGGAUAGAUUCGCAAACGUUCUUGUUACACUCUCGACUGUUACAUAAGAACCACUCCCCGCGACUGCGUCGCGGGGCAAGCAUUGUAUUUGUUCUUCCCGUCGGCUGUGGAAGAAAAUGAAAAAAGGGCAUCACUUCCGCACCGGAAAAGGAGUGAGAUCUCACUUUUGAAAAAAUCUCACUUUCGGGUGGCCCAAAGCUGAGACUUCUCAGAAAGUGAGAUCAUCUCGAUGAGCUCUCACUUUUUUCAAAAUCUCACAUGGCGGCCCAGAAGUGCGAUGUCUCAGAAAGUGAGAUCUCAGCGAGAUGAUCGCACUUUUUUCAAAGUCUCACCGUUUGGCCCUCCCGGAAAAGUGAUUCGGACAGUGAGACUUCUUAGAAAGUAAGAUCUCACUGAGAGCUCGCUUUAUUUUUCAGAGUGAGACUCGCUGAGAUCUCAUCGAGAAGAUCUUACUUCUUUCACUUUUUUUCCCAAUUCUUUACCUUUCCAUCGCCACACUGCUGCGGCGUAGCGGUUUCCCGUCGAGUAGCUGUGUCGGACGCGGCCGAAGGCCCGAGAGCGAAAAUCUCCCCCCAGUGAGACCAGCGAAAAUUUUUCGCCGAGCUAUUCUAUUGGGAGGCUCCGAGCCAUGAAAAGAAACAGACCUAGGCGUCGCGAUAUUAACGAAAAUAGAACAGAGCACGUCUGAUCGAGCAGCGCCUUCUUUUGAAAAAGCAACCGAGUGGCUUUUGGGCUUUGCGCUCGAAAAAAAAGGUGAUGGCGCAGCAGAAAAAGCUACAAAGCUUCUGAAGAAUACCUUCUGAAGGUUUAUCCUAAAGCCUACGCGUUGGCUUUCAGAGAAAGCGGCGUUUUCAAUCGGGCAAACAGAUUCGCGCGCAACAAAAGCAGCACAUUUUGCUGGACCUUCUGAAGAUUCUUCAGAAGCUCCACCUUCAGAAGGUUCAAAAACCAAAACCUUCUGAAGGUGUGCUGCUUUUACUUUUUUGAUUUUUUUCAAAGUGCGACAAUUUUGAAAAAACCUUCAGAAGAUUUUGAGUCUUCUGAAGGUGUUUUUGGUUGUCCUGAUUUUUGGCCAUUUUCUACGAGAAAAAAAGCGGCAGUCUUCUGAAGGUUUGCGACGUUGCUAUAUCGCGCAGACCUUCAGAAGACUGCCUACCUUCUGAAGGUUUAAAAAAGUCGUUUUUUAGUCUUCUGAAGCUUUUUUUGUCAAAAAAUCGAGAAAAUUCUUCAGAAGGUGAAAAAAAACCUUCAGAAGCCAAAAAAAACGCGCGCGGGUCCUUGACAACUUUCCACAUCCCCGCGAGGCCGGGAACUGCAAGCACCGCUGCCGGGGCUGAAGCCGGCAGUGCUGACAUGCACAAACCCAUCGGAAGACCAUCGGGGACCGCGACCGGCCAUCGGAAGCCCAUCGGAAGCAGAAAGGUAAAGCAGCAGACCACGAGGACAAAUGGUGUACUGGCGGCACGACGGGCCACAGACGACGCCCUGAGGUCCCAUCAAGAUUCUGGAAAGAUCACCUCCGACACUCCAGGGGGAGGGGUCGGAACGAUUCGGAGCGCCCGCCCCUGUGUAGCCCCUGCGACAACUUGCAGACGAACGGGAAGCAAAGAGCGCUCGCGUAACGCGCGUUACACGAUGGUAUGGUGGAUGUGAGAAAGGGCCAGACGCCCCACGGGCGGUGCCGCAGGUGCUAGCUUGCUGGGAGUGACGAAUAACCACGCCCAACAAGGGCGAGCGAGUGGUCGCGCGGUUGUAAAAACCCUGGCGCGACGCGGAACAAUCUGGGGCCCGGCAAUGGACGGAAUUGCAUGCCCCCGUCCGCAGGGUCCAUCCCGCUUCCAUGGGCCAGAUAUAAGUACCCGACCGAUCCCGAGGGCAACCCCAGGUCGGAAAUGGUCCAGCAAAAGACGGCGCACUAGCCCCAAAGCGAGUUUUUUUCUUUUUGAUUCAAAAACGAACCCGCUGAAUUUCCUAAAUCAAAGAAAACACGCGCGGCCAAAAAAAACGCGCGCGGGUCCUUGGCAACUUUCCAAGAUAUGGCAUGACUUGGAAAGACCCCCCCUCCCGCGUCGGAAACUCCCCUCGUUGCGGAACUAGAACCCACGGGCUAGAAUUUCGAGCGUUUCAAACAUAUUGAAUCCCAAUCGUCGCGCGGUGUUGCGAACCACAAAAAUCAGGCACGGCCUACGCACGACACUGCACGCACCUUGCAGGCAGUGUGGCAGAGCGUUCCUCUCGGCGGUGUGGCGCGCGCAGUAACGCGCUGCAAUCAGAAGGGUCACAAUCGCAAAAAAUUUUCCGGAGUGGGAUAGUUUUUAUCCGGGUUCGUUGAUAAUUCAGCGAGGCCUCGCUCCGGAAGAACGAGAAGCCGAGUAUAUUUACUUUUUGAAAUUCAGGAGUGAGAUUUUAUUUCCAGGAGUGAAUAUUCACUGAAAUUUCACUCGGUUUCUCGUCCCGCAACGAGAAAUCGAGUGAAAAUUCAGCGAAUUUUCACUUUUUGAAGGGAUCACGAAUUUUCCGGGAUUGAGAAUUCUUCUUAGCGAAUUCUCGCUCCGGAAAAACUUCGCUCCCGGAGUGAAAAUUUUCAAAAAGUGAAAAUUCACUGAAUUUUCACUCGAUUCUGAGUUCCGGAACUGGGCCUCGUUCCGGAACGAGGCCCAGUUCCGGAACUCAGAAUCGAGUGAAAAUUCAGUGAAUUUUCACUUUUUGAAAAUUUUCACUCCGGGAGCGAAGUUUUUCCGGAGCGAGAAUUCGCUAAGAAGAAUUCUCAAUCCCGGAAAAUUCGUGAUCCCUUCAAAAAGUGAAAAUUCGCUGAAUUUUCACUCGAUUUCUCGUUGCGGGACGAGAAACCGAGUGAAAUUUCAGUGAAUAUUCACUCCUGGAAAUAAAAUCUCACUCCUGAAUUUCAAAAAGUAAAUAUACUCGGCUUCUCGUUCUUCCGGAGCGAGGCCUCGCUGAAUUAUCAACGAACCCGGAUAAAAACUAUCCCACUCCGGAAAAUUUUUUGCGAUUGUGACCCUUCUGAUUGCAGCGCGUUACUGCGCGCGCCACACCGCCGAGAGGAACGCUCUGCCACACUGCCUGCAAGGUGCGUGCAGUGUCGUGCGUAGGCCGUGCCUGAUUUUUGUGGUUCGCAACACCGCGCGACGAUUGGGAUUCAAUAUGUUUGAAACGCUCGAAAUUCUAGCCCGUGGGUUCUAGUUCCGCAACGAGGGGAGUUUCCGACGCGGGAGGGGGGGUCUUUCCAAGUCAUGCCAUAUCUUGGAAAGUUGCCAAGGACCCGCGCGCGUUUUUUUUGGCCGCGCGUGUUUUCUUUGAUUUAGGAAAUUCAGCGGGUUCGUUUUUGAAUCAAAAAGAAAAAAACUCGCUUUGGGGCUAGUGCGCCGUCUUUUGCUGGACCAUUUCCGACCUGGGGUUGCCCUCGGGAUCGGUCGGGUACUUAUAUCUGGCCCAUGGAAGCGGGAUGGACCCUGCGGACGGGGGCAUGCAAUUCCGUCCAUUGCCGGGCCCCAGAUUGUUCCGCGUCGCGCCAGGGUUUUUACAACCGCGCGACCACUCGCUCGCCCUUGUUGGGCGUGGUUAUUCGUCACUCCCAGCAAGCUAGCACCUGCGGCACCGCCCGUGGGGCGUCUGGCCCUUUCUCACAUCCACCAUACCAUCGUGUAACGCGCGUUACGCGAGCGCUCUUUGCUUCCCGUUCGUCUGCAAGUUGUCGCAGGGGCUACACAGGGGCGGGCGCUCCGAAUCGUUCCGACCCCUCCCCCUGGAGUGUCGGAGGUGAUCUUUCCAGAAUCUUGAUGGGACCUCAGGGCGUCGUCUGUGGCCCGUCGUGCCGCCAGUACACCAUUUGUCCUCGUGGUCUGCUGCUUUACCUUUCUGCUUCCGAUGGGCUUCCGAUGGCCGGUCGCGGUCCCCGAUGGUCUUCCGAUGGGUUUGUGCAUGUCAGCACUGCCGGCUUCAGCCCCGGCAGCGGUGCUUGCAGUUCCCGGCCUCGCGGGGAUGUGGAAAGUUGUCAAGGACCCGCGCGCGUUUUUUUUGGCUUCUGAAGGUUUUUUUUCACCUUCUGAAGAAUUUUCUCGAUUUUUUGACAAAAAAAGCUUCAGAAGACUAAAAAACGACUUUUUUAAACCUUCAGAAGGUAGGCAGUCUUCUGAAGGUCUGCGCGAUAUAGCAACGUCGCAAACCUUCAGAAGACUGCCGCUUUUUUUCUCGUAGAAAAUGGCCAAAAAUCAGGACAACCAAAAAUACCUUCAGAAGACUCAAAAUCUUCUGAAGGUUUUUUCAAAAUUGUCGCACUUUGAAAAAAAUCAAAAAAGUAAAAGCAGCACACCUUCAGAAGGUUUUGGUUUUUGAAUUCUUCUGAAGGUGGAGCUUCUGAAGAAUCUUCAGAAGGUCCAGCAAAAUGUGCUGCUUUUGUUGCGCGCGAAUCUGUUUGCCCGAUUGAAAACGCCGCUUUCUCUGAAAGCCAACGCGUAGGCUUUAGGAUAAACCUUCAGAAGGUAUUCUUCAGAAGCUUUGUAGCUUUUUCUGCUGCGCCAUCACCUUUUUUUUCGAGCGCAAAGCCCAAAAGCCACUCGGUUGCUUUUUCAAAAGAAGGCGCUGCUCGAUCAGACGUGCUCUGUUCUAUUUUCGUUAAUAUCGCGACGCCUAGGUCUGUUUCUUUUCAUGGCUCGGAGCCUCCCAAUAGAAUAGCUCGGCGAAAAAUUUUCGCUGGUCUCACUGGGGGGAGAUUUUCGCUCUCGGGCCUUCGGCCGCGUCCGACACAGCUACUCGACGGGAAACCGCUACGCCGCAGCAGUGUGGCGAUGGAAAGGUAAAGAAUUGGGAAAAAAAGUGAAAGAAGUAAGAUCUUCUCGAUGAGAUCUCAGCGAGUCUCACUCUGAAAAAUAAAGCGAGCUCUCAGUGAGAUCUUACUUUCUAAGAAGUCUCACUGUCCGAAUCACUUUUCCGGGAGGGCCAAACGGUGAGACUUUGAAAAAAGUGCGAUCAUCUCGCUGAGAUCUCACUUUCUGAGACAUCGCACUUCUGGGCCGCCAUGUGAGAUUUUGAAAAAAGUGAGAGCUCAUCGAGAUGAUCUCACUUUCUGAGAAGUCUCAGCUUUGGGCCACCCGAAAGUGAGAUUUUUUCAAAAGUGAGAUCUCACUCCUUUUCCGGUGCGGAAGUGAUGCCCUUUUUUCAUUUUCUUCCACAGCCGACGGGAAGAACAAAUACAAUGCUUGCCCCGCGACGCAGUCGCGGGGAGUGGUUCUUAUGUAACAGUCGAGAGUGUAACAAGAACGUUUGCGAAUCUAUCCCCCAGAAAAAGACCGACAGGUCAUAUUUGUAAUGCAAAAAUAAAUAGACAAAAAAAUCUGUAUUGCAUGCCCUAAACAGGAUGUUAUGGCCUCGCCCAUGACAGAUUUUCCUGUGUAUUUAUUUUUGCAUUACAAAUAUGACCUGUCGGUCUUUUUCUGUGGGAUAGAAUCCCAUAUCUUGGAAAGUGGUCAAGGACCCGCGCGCGUUUUUUUUGGCCGCGAAGCAUAUCCUGAGUAAAAAUGUCCCCACACCAGAGUCAAGAUGGGAAUUUUGCAACAGAAACCUUAAAGUUUUGGGAGCGACGCAUGACAAGUUGCAGGCUGUAGUGUAAUGCAGUUUAGCAUUGGAAUCCGCAUAACAAAUCCAUCUCCUUAUCCUGUUCACAGCAUUACAAGUUACAAAACACGAUGGGAAAUGCCUCUCAUGGGGAUGUGCAUUACAAAUGCUCUUGUGCUUGCAGAUCUUCAUGACAACUCUGGGGUGGGGACGUUUUUGCUCAGGAUAAAGCAGCGAGCCGCCGCUGCGGCCAACGCAGCGCGCGCUGCGGCAAGAAGAACGGCCAGUGCGGGCCAAGGUGCGGUGUUAUCUCAUCACAAAUACUUAAUAUUAUUGCAGCGGGGAGUAGAGCUGAUCUGGAUGAUAAUUAUAGGCGGAGCAAAUAAAAAAGAAAAACCGAACCCAAAAAUAGAAGUACCAGCAUAGAAAAUACAAACAUUUAUAAUAUAGAAAUCCAAAUCCUUUCUAAUUCAAAUUCUAAUUCAUGUGCACGCACCAAUUUUCUUCGGUGCCGCCAUGAUAUAGCGCACACAGCUGGCAGGCUGCUGCAUCAACUAUACUUCUACUUACUUUGUUAUCGAAUGUGCAAGCAUCCACGUUGAUAAUAUUCAUUGCUGCGUCCCUCACAGAGAGUAUCCUGAGUAAAAACGUACCCACCCCAGAGUUGUAAUGCAGAUUUGCAUCCACAGAAACGUUUGUAAUGCGGGUCCCCAUGAGAAACAUUUCUAGUCGUGUUAUUUGUAAUGCUGUAAACAGGAUGAGCAGAUGGAUUUCUGAUGCAGCUGGCCUUGCGAACCUGCACUACACUACGGACUGCAACUUGUGAUGCGUGACUCACAAAGCUCCUAGGUUUGUGUUGCAAAAUCCCCAUCCUGACUCUGGUGUGGGUACGUUUUUACUCAGGAUAAGAGAGUGUGAGAAAAGUUCUUGCGCCUACUUGUUUUCGUACACCAUUUGUCCUCGUCUGCUGCUUUAUCUUUCUCUUUGUCCUCUUCCUCGAGCCAAUAGAAGUACCUGGCUGUGCGCGAAGCCAACUACGUCACCACGCUCGUACGAUUGCAGAUGACAACCAGGUAUGUGGUAAAAAACGUUGUGCUACGCCAUUAUUUAUUCUCCAGACGCGAUCUACUGACUCCGUGUAGAACAUAUUUUUAUUUGUGGUGCAUAUGCAAACGCGGUGGGGCACGCGGCCCACGCAACCGCGGAAGCCAUGGAAGGAACGUUCGACGUUAUAUUGGACGGCAUGGAUUCCAUAAAGGGUUACGUAGGGGAAUUAGGGGAACAAGCGCUGGAAGCCACGACCGAAAUGGUAGCGUUAGCCAAACAGUUUGGCGAGAACGUACGUGUGGUGAUACGCAGCGGCACGAACGUGCUACGGGACUUGAAGAGCACGCUGCUCCGCACCUUCAAGAACAGCAUGCGGAUGAUCCGGCGAAAGAUUGCGCAAGGAACGGCCAAGGUCUUCUCGAUGCUGUACUACCACGCCACGCUCUUCUUGAUCGUGCAAAUCGUCGGAGACUUGGUGUUCGCCUUGUUCAACGUUAGCGAGGCCACGGGCCCCGCGGUAGCCUUAAUCUAUCCUAUGUAAAAACGUCCCCACGACGUCAUAGAAGUCAAGAUGGGCGGGAAUCGGCUAGACAAAUCCACAAGUUUUGGCUGUUUCGCAUGACAAGUCUGGACUCGUAGCGUAGUCCUGUUUGAGCUAGUUCUUCAGCAGCGUGGUCACAGAUCUCGCGCAUCGUGCUGCUUGGAGCAUGACAAAGUCCAAAACUUGAUCAGAGAAUGCUUCGCAACAUGGGGCUCCGCAUGUUGAGAAACAUUUUCAGCGCGCUGAUUUGCGUGACAGCGAUGCUGUUGGGACGUCGACGUUUUUACAUGCGAUACAAUGCUUCCCGCGAUCCUCGAUUCCGCUCUGGUCGCCAUUGGGGAAAAUAAAAAGAUCCGAAAACUCGUCGAAGACCAGAUCGAGCAGGUCUUUCGGGUCAUGAUUCCCUCUAUGGAUUGCAAAUAUGUCUGGGUCUGGAAGGUUGGUGGAACUUGUGAUUCUGUUUUUCUUUUUCGAUUCUGAUAAAAAUUGUAUUGCAUGACCAGCAAGAGGAGUGCAGUUUGUGCUACGCGGAGACGGCAUUUCUCAUGCGGUAGAGGCAACGCAAAGUCCUCUAAAGAUCUGUGAUGCUAGGGGAUGCGUCACAGACAUCAUGGGCCAUUCAAAAUAUGCAUGACAAACCUGGCAAUCUUCCAGACCCAGACACUUUUGCACUUGAUUCCCUCUGUUGUGGAAAAUGUCGUCACCGGCCUCCAUGAGCAUGUGUUUGCCCACAACUGGCUCCAACAUUUCUUCCACAAUCUCAUGCGAAGUCUGCCGAAGUUGUCGUUCAUCGCAGGAUAUGCACUGCAAAAGCAUCGCGCUCGUUGUACUAAUCGCAAUCGCGCAUGACAGAGCUCCUACAACCUCUGUGCCGCGCUUUUUCAUGCUGACCAAAUUUGUGACGCAAUUUCUACUAGUUGUACUAGUGCGAUACUUUUGCAAUGCAUACACGCGGAGGGAACGUGCUGACGAAAGUCACUACGAAGAUCGAAAGCGUCGUUGCGAAGAGCACGGCGGGGUUAUCAGAUGCAACUGUAGUGUCUGGGUCAGGAAAAAUGAAAAAGUUGCGAUCCUGAACUGUGGAAGAUUAUAUGUGCAAAGGUACAAAUAAGCACAGAAAGAACAAACUUCGAACGCGGCAGCCAAGUUCUUUGACAAGUUUUUUCCGGAACGCUCCCGCAUAUGCAUAGAAACAAAUAGAUACCCAGUCCGCAUGAGAACCUCCUUGUGCGUUUUUGUAUGACAAAGGCAGCUGCUGCGAUUUUUCUUUGUUGGCCAUGGAUGAAAAUGAAUGCAGAAGAUGCUACAGAAAUAAAAAAUGUAAGACCAGCAAUAAUGAGGUUUCCAGACCACGACCCAGACAUGUUUGCAGCGGAUAGAACGAGGAUCUAGACGAGGAAAACGACUUCAAGUUUGACGACGAGGAAAGUACUACCGAGCAGGCGGGCGAUGGCGAUGGCGAAAGCGAUGUCGAAGAACACAAGACAGCUACAGAGGAAGGCGAAGACAAAAAGAAUUACAACUUCGUCAGCCUCGUGGAAAGCUUGCAAGGCACGGUGGACGAAGCCAACGGUGCUAACCAAGAUGAGCCCGCUGAUCUUGAUGGUGGAGGUGGUGGUGCUAACCAAGAUCAUGAGCCCGCUGAUCUUGAUGUUGGAGGUGGUGGUGGUUCUGGUGAUGCCUAUCGCAAGAAAAAAGUGUUACAGUUUACACAUUGUGUUGCAAGACCGGCAACACAGACAACCUUUCUCAUGCAGGAAAUGCUUGGGAGCCUCGUUUCCUUCCUGUUUUCCCUUGCGAUCUUCGCAUUACAACUUUUCUCUGCCACACAGAGAAAAUUUGUGAUGCAGAAACUCCAGCAAAUGUGUAACAGUAACUGUAACACUUUUUUCUCGUGAUAAUGCCGGUUCUUCUACAUCUACUAGUAGUAGCGCUCUGGAAAAGAAACCAACCACCUCGUCCGCAGUUGCUACACCAGUGUCGCGGGCUAGCUCAAGUGGCCGCCAGUCUUCUAUUGCAGCGCGAGAUAAUGUUGAACUACAGCUGGCGGGACCACUCCAAGGUACAUACUUACUGUUUAGUUUUGAGACGAUGUGACACGUCGAAAGAGUAGAAGACAGAGGCGCGACGCCGAGUACAUAGCCAGAGAAAGCUGCCUGUUAGGCCAGCAGUUCGUAUGGGAUUUUGUGAUUGCCGAGUGUCUGUCGGUUCUGAUCUGAAGCUGCUGUGGUCCCUCUUUAUUCGGAGAAGAAGAGUUUUCCGUUUGAUCGAUCAUGUUGUGCUUUUAGUUUUCGCUUGUGCCGCGGCCAAGAAUAUAUUUGUUCUGAUUGUGAUUUUCAUUUUUCCGUAGCUCCUGCCCUUUGAAACAUAUUUAUGAUUAUAUCGAAGUAGUCAUAAUUCUAUAUUGUGAUUCUCACAGCCCGAGACCCACAACCUUCGCACGCAGCGUCGGGAUCAUCUUCCUCUUCAGCAACGCCUGGCGCGCCGUCAAGUGGUGCAGUAGUUUCCAGUAGUUUCCUAGGGAACCCUGGCGGCCAGCACAACAUGGCGGAUCCGUCAAAGACUCACGUGUUGGAUUGGUCUUGGAACUCUCAAAGAGACGAGAGUGAGCGUCUGGCACUUUCGACAUCCAUGACACGACCAUAUGGAUGGCAAAAAUUUCGUACCAGUAGUACAUGCACAACAUCAAUAAAGAAGUGCAUUACAAAAUAAAGCUGACUCAUAUACUCUAUAGAACCGAAUUAGCGGCCCUUUCAUAAGUCCAGACAUUUGACGCCCGAUCGCUCGGAAUAAUUUUAGCGAGCGCGAGUAGCUGAUGACUAGGAAUGGAAAACAAAAACGCGUCGGAAGCUUUGUGCGCUGCGUCUGCUGCUCGUCCUUGUGCGACAGGCGUGCGCCCUUUAUUUCCGUAGAACAAACAGCGCAAGUUGCUUCCGUGUAACAAGAUGCAUACGCGUAAUCAUUGGCGUAGCGCGUCUGCAGCAACUGCACAGCCCAGGCGCAAGAACCGAACAAGAAAGCGAGCAAGGCGACAGAAAAUCGGAAAGCUUACUCCUCGCCCGCCGCAAUCCCAUGCUGCGUGCGCGACGAGUGGCGCUAUUAAUUGCUCUCCUUUCCGGACAAUAAAAAACGCAAGUCGGUUUCUGCAUUUGCGAUGCCUAUCGUUUGCUUUUCCUUGUGAUAGUGCAUCUGCCGCAACUUGCACAGUCUGGCUGCUAGAAAGCCACCAUCAAAAUUCUCACAACCUCAAUACUUUUUCAGGUAAUGGGCAGCCGUGGCUUGGGCACGAGAACGAGACUUGAAGCAGGGAGGUUAGGAAAAAUGAGUAGGCGCCUUUUUCCUAGCCGCCCUUUUCAAAAUGAAAAGGGCGGUGAGGAAAAAAAAAUGUGCCGCCUUUCCAGGCUGAGCCUGGGAAAGCGGCCGGAUUUUUUUUUCCUGACCGCCUUUUCCAUUUUGAAAAGGGCGGUUAGCAAAAGUGGGCGAAUUCAUUUUUCCUAACCUCCCUGUUUGAAAUGCAAACAGAGGUUAGCCCAUUGAAAUUUUUCCUGACCGCCCUUUUCAAAAUGAAAACCUCGGUUAGGAAAAAUGAUUUUGGCCUUUUUUCCUAACCAAGGUUUUCAAAAUGAAAACCUUGGUUAGGAAAAAAAAAUGUGGCCGUUUGCCAAGGCGGCCUUGGCAAACAGCCACAUUUUUUUUUCCUAACCGAGGUUUUCAUUUUGAAAACCUCGGUUAGGAAAAGUGCGCGAAUUCAUUUUUCCUAACCUAGGUUUUUGAAAUGCAAACCUAGGUUAGCCCCCUGAAAUUUUUGGGCAGGAGCUAACUCCCGAAGGAAGAAGGUUAUGACUCGGGCGCGCGCAGCGCGCGAAAAUUUUUUUUUCCCCACCACGCCAGCAUCAUGUGUGCGCGCAGUGUGUGAAAGGGAGUGCGUGGCCGCGCGCUUUUUUUUUCCUAAAUGCAAAGGGCGGCUAGCAAAAGCCCGCCAAUUCAUUUUUCCUAACCUAGGUUUUUGAAAUGCAAACCUAGGUUAGCCCUUUGAAAUUUUUGCUCAAGGGCUAGCUCCCCUUUUUGAAAUGCAAAGAAAGGUUAGCUACCCGAAAUUUUUGCCCAGGGACCGGGCUAGCCUCCCUUUUUGAAAUGCAAAGGGAGGUUAGCUACUCGAAAACUUUGCCCAGGGACCGGGCUAGCCUCCCUUUUUGAAAUGCAAAGGGAGGUUAGCCACCCGAAAUUUUUGUCCCAGGACCGGGCUAGAUUUCCUGUACAAAAUCAAUGCAAAGGGCGGUUAGCCCCUCGGAAUUUUUGCGAAAGAACCGCGCUAGGUCCCUUUUUAGAAACGCAGAGGGCAGAUAGCCCCCCGAUGCUUCUGUGUCGCCGGCAUUGGGGUUAGCAUGCAAGGGUCUUUACAGUGCAGGCAGAGGCUAGUCUGCCUGGCAAAUUCUUUGUGCUCCGCGCGGCAUGGUUUCGGUUCGAUUAGUGCUUAGCCCAUACGACGUCACGCGCGUCAGGCUCUGUCGACAAGCGUCCGGGCGUCAAAUGUUGUCUCGUGACCUCUGACCUUAUUUGAGGGCCGCUUAUUACGCGACGUAGAGUAUUUUAAUGCGGAUCUACCUUAGCAACUGUUCUGCAAUGUAUGGAAAAUGCGGUUAGUACUACGAGUGCGGUACAACUUUUGCACGGGAUACACCAGUGGUCUUUGCAGGAAUGUCGCUGACACAACUAGGGGCGGGCGAGGCUAGCAGUUCUGGUGGCUUUGCUACGAAGACUUUCGCCAUGUUGGGUAAGUUGGUCAAAACGGCAGCGGUCGGGUUGGUCUCGAUGAUCGGGAAGUCGCCCGGCAUCGUCCAGAACCUCUUCGCGGGCAUUGCGGCGAAAAAAAUUGCAAGCAUGGCACACGACAUUGUCUCCAACGUCGGCUCUAUGGUGGGAGGAUUUAUGCUCAGCUUCGUUUCCGCGGCGGUGGCGUUGGUUGUGGAUAAUGUGCCCGGUCUGGGGACGGCGCUCGGCCUGAUGCUGCCAGAAAUCCGCCUGUUCUUGCAGGGCACACUCAUGAGUCCGGACGGGGGGUUUGACUUGCUGUGUCUGGUUGACACACUGUUCAGCAACGGGGGUGAGGAGGAUGUUGAGGAGCAGGAGGGCAAGGCUGAAGCCGACACCCCCCCGAGAGCAGAAACACCAUCAACAGACGAAACCGAUGAAAGCGAACCUCAAGCACGAAGAUGCAAGGCCAAGGGCGGUCUCCAAAUGGUGUACGCAUGGCGAAUAUGUCCUCCGUGUCUGGAAUCUUGUGAGAUAGUUCUGAAGUGCGCAUUCCGCAUGAGCAUCCGCGUUUCUGUAUGAAAGGCAAGAGGAGCUCCUCUUUUCGCGACCACGCAAUGCACAGCUCAGCCUCGGAGUUGUCUUCAUGCCAGACUAGCGUGACGAAUCUUGCAACUAAGUACCUCCCACUCCCAGACGCGGACAUAUUUGCAAUCCAUAAGGUGCUGCACCGAGCCAUUCUCGAGUUCUUCAACCCCAAGCCCAACCCGCCUCCAGUGGAUGAGGAUGUUGCCGCGGCUUCUCCUCGAGAAGCUGGCGCAGAUCCAGCAGUGAACGAGGAGGCAGCCAUCGGAAACGGACGUGGAAGAGCCAUCACAAUGAUGGGGAUCUUGGGAGGAAAAGCAGGCAAGGAUGACGGGGGGUCCUUAUGCAAGAAAAAUACUAUGUCUGUCGCGUGUAACAAGCCUGUAAAUGUAAAAUGCAAACAAGCAUGCAACACAUACACAGUCGCACUUGUCGUGCUGGCAAGCCAUGAUGAAGAUGAUGUCCUGGUGGAGGUCGUUAGUUAUUUUCAUACGUGCUUUCUUUAAUAUAGAUAUACGUGUUUUCGAGGAGGAGGACACGAUCUCACGAACACGUACUAGCUGUGCAUGACCACAGGUUUAUAGAUUUUUUUUCUCUUUCAUGCAGAACAACCACCAAUUUGAAUUUCAAUUUGCCACCAGCACCACGCUGUGACCCCACGACGUCGAAGGUGACAUACUCCACACUUAAACACACACAGUUUUUUUCUUGUUGGAUAAUCGUCUGUAUUUGAGGACUACUUUUCGAAGGAGGCGGAGAGCAAAGAGGGAGAUAGUCCCUCCGAAUCCGAUGAACAAGAACCACCAGAACGCCACCAGGGAGCUCUUUCACCGAAACGCGAGUUGGCGGAGGCGGCUGCAAGGUACGACAAGCACCAACAAGACGAGAAGGACCGGGAAGCGAGAGAAUUGGAAGAAAGAAAGAAAAAGCUGCGAGAGGCCAACGGUGCCCUCGUCCCCCGGGGCGAGAUAUCCAGAAGCAGCAGCGGCAGCAGCACGGAUCUCGCGCUCCGAGACGAAGAAAAUACACUCGCGCUCAUAAGCGAGGACGAUGAGCGCAUGAGAAGAGCUGCGAACGGCAUUUCGAGGAAGCCGCCCCCGGCGAACUCGUGCGCGGGCCCGUCCUCGGACGAUUCCGCUUCUUCUACCGCGACACCGCCCACGAGCAGCGGCGGUUCCGAUUCUAUAUCAAAGUGAAAACCAUCUUCUGCGGCCCAGCAUAUGUUGAUUUAUUCGUGUGGCAAUCUGCUUAGUAAGCCCCGCGGCCUUGCAUUUACUUCAUUUGUAGUGGGCCGCAACUACUCUGAGGCUUUGGGUUAUUUCAAAAAAAAAUAAAAUAUGUUGACCUUGACUGCCGUGGCUGCUGGCAGCGCAUGCGCACAGCAACGAGUUUGAUUUUAUAUUUCGGAAGUAGUUUUUUUAUUGCCUCGCAUCUUUCCGGAUCCGUCGCAAAAGCCCUAACCCCACCUGGUGGCAGCAUCUGUAUCAGAGUCGCUGGUGGUGCUUAGGGCGCCCCGCGUGCGCAUUGAUGUAUGUAGAUGUACUUUUUCUUGAUGGGUGCCGUGCGCAGGAGGUGUGUUGUUCUUUUUGAUGCUCCGCGUCCACUUCGUUUGUUCAGCAGUCAACCCAUGUCCAGUCGGAGUGGUACAAUCAAGGAGGACAGGCACGCGAAGUAGCUUGGAGCCGCCCCCCAGAGUACAAACGUGCCCGUUUGAAGCAAAUCUUGAGCGUCCUCCUCGAUGAAGUCUCCGAGUGUUUUGCUAAGCUCCGCACUUUCGUUGCAGAAGCUUUGAACACAUCAUGGACAAGCUUUGAAGACAUCAUGGACACGAAGUUUUUCCCGUGGCUGAAUGAGAGGCUUGCGAGCCCCAGCAGCCUCGCGCACUUGGAAGAGAGCACGUUUGUGAAGAACAUGUUUGAAUUUCUGUCCAGCAAGAAGGACAGCUCAGCGAUGCAUCUUCCCUUUCGGUAUGUGAUUGCGUUGUUUUACGACCUGAUGGAAAAAGUGGCGGGCAAAAGCGGAAACAAGGGGAACGGGGAGGCUUCGGAAGAGCAGUCUCCGACGUUCCUCCAAAGGAUUGAAAACGGUUUAGAAUCUGCGAAGGCGAAAGCGGUCGACUACCUGCAAGCGGCCGCCACAGAUCUGAAAAAUAUCCUGUUGAGUAUCUUCUCUCAGGGUUUGCACGCGGCCUUGCUCGUUACCAUGAGCCACGGAAUUUCUCGGCUGCUGAACGCCGCCCUUCUGAUGAUUCCAGGGGUGCGACAGAGCCCUAUUCCGGCAUUUUUGGCCGGGCUUCUUCCCGGUUUGGUGUUUGGCUUUUUCAAGCAGGAAAAAGUUGAACAGCUGACCCUAAAUGCAGUGUUUGGAGUCGUAGCGAACAGCAUUAGAAUCACGAAGGACGUCAGCGGUGUGAUCGGGAAGUGGGUGGGAGAAAAAUUUCACACCUUCGCGAAGCUCGUUGGUGACCGAAUCAGAGGACAUUUUUUUAAUGACAAGGACUCGGAUUCCAUGGACAACAUCCAGGCGGCCGGGGCUGUUGUAACAGCAGGAACGACAGCUUCUGGCGCUGCCGGCCUCUAUGAAAAGCUGACCCGUUCCUCUGUCGCCCAAGCACCCAACGAGAACGAGACACCGCCGGACAUAAAGUAUGUCCAAUAUUAUUCGGAGUCCACGAAGACAUACAUUCCUGCGCGAAUUAUAAGAGCAGAUGCGCAGAAAGUUUUUUCUGCGGAAACGAGCGCCGGAAUUUGCCGCCCGCCUUGUGGAUCCGGAGAUAUGGCCUCGAUACCUCGGGGGCCUCCUGAGUCCGACGCGAUUUACGUAAUCCUGUUUCGAUACCCUCAACCGGCCGAACUCGAAAACGUGGCAGUAACGAGGUUCAACGACGAAGAAGGACAGCGCCCGAAGGAGAAGGUGACUCGUGAUCAGAUUGCUGGUCAUCUAACGACCACGGGGCAGGAGCUGCAGCCCCUGCAGCUUCCGCAGCAGCAGAUGUUUGUAACUUCUAUCGAGGUACCGGGUACAACCGAAAAGAGGGAAUCCCUGGUGGCUCCAGUGACGGUCAUCGGUGAGCCUGCGAAGAUUCGGCAGUACCGUGCUGGCCAGACCGGAUAUGUCAGACGUGAUCUUUUACUUAACGCGAUCUCGAUAGGGGACAUAGGGCGUGCCCAGUUUCUUCACGAAUUUGACUUCCGAUUUAAAAGGCAGCUGAACAAGAACCCGUACCGCUGGGAAUUUACGCGCCUUUCAGAUGAGGAAAUCGCUGCACUUCCUCUACAAGAACGGAAUUUAGGGUUGUGGGCUCCUUUCAUGGUCUUCCAGGUCGAUCUGGAGGAAUCUUGGCUAUUUAUCGACCCCUUCAUCAACCCAGUGCAAGAACAGCACUCGGCAAUUAUGUCCAGCAGCAGCCUGUGGACCUUCUUCGCGCAAUUGCGCGACCGUUUCGUCAUAGUUAUGAACUGGCUACUGUCUAUUUAUCGAUUUGUUGUCGGACGACAAAAUGAAAAAUUUGAAUUCCUAAUCGAAAUGCUGCCCGGGUCCGAAAAAAGCUAUCUCGCAUUGAAGAUAAACGACGGCUUCGAUUCGCGACAUGUCAUGUUUGACGAGACGGAGACGCCGCGGCACGGCAAGGAAGCUGAUCAUUUGAAUUAAGUAGAUCUUCACAAAAAUUUUCAGCUUGAUACCGAAGUAGAGAGUGCUUUGCUCAUUUUAAUUUAUCGCAUCUUUUUAUUAUUCAUCAAGAUAAAAACUCGCGAUGAACAAGUCGAAGUUUAUUGUACUUGACGUCGAGAGUUAAAAAUCAAAAGGUAGAGGACGAGCAUGACGAAGCUCUGAAGAAAUUGAAAACUACAAACCUGACACAGAAUCUGUUUUCCCUGUGAUUCUGAGUCCCGAGGUGAACAAGAGUCCAUUUGAUUUUAACCCAAAGCUGCAAAGCAGCUAGAGAAUUGUACUAUAAUAUGAAAGAAUAUGUUGAUCGUACCUACUCCACCUAUGGCAUGAGAAUUCUCUACAAGCAAAGGAACAUAGUCAUAGAAAAAGUAAAAGUAUAGGACUCAAGAGUAUCGUGUUUCAAAAAUUUCAAAAUGGAUAUAUUUUAUUUGACCGCAUGAAGGACAAGGAGAAGGAUGAAGUCCCAGUUUGUAACUCGUGUACAAGUACAUAAGGAUAAUGGCAC